CUGUUCUUCUUCUUCUCCUCUGCCGACCGAAGCCCCCCAAGCCACCGACUUUCUUCCCCCUUGAAAAACCCGGUGAGAUCUUGAUGAAUUUCUCUUCCUUUCUUGUUAAAUCACAAGAUUUGGGGCUUAGAAUCUUCCCUCUCAACCCAGAAAAUCCCGGUUCUGCUCUGCUCUUCUUCCUUGUCCGCCGGCUGCUGUGGGUUUGAAUUUCUGGGCAUUUUCGGGGCCAACGAUUAACGGGGAUUUAAAGGUUUAGUUUGUGAUAUAAGAACAAAUUUAGAGAUAUUUGAUUAUGUAGAGAUUGAUAGAAAUAGCAUUGUGAUUAGGGGUGAUCCUAAUGAUGAUUUCAGUUUGAAUUUGUGAUAGUACGGUAAUUAAUUCGUGGAUAUUUUGAUUAGGUUCUUGAUCGUUCUGUCAGUUUAGUAUGUGAAUUGAGUGCUCGGUUUUUGCGGAGUGAGGUAAGUAAAUUUAUGGUAAUGCCCGUACAGUUUUUAAAAGCAUGUUUUGACUUGUUUUGAAGUGGUGGCGGGACUAAACCCGUUUUAUACAAAAGUAAGAAUGACUGAUUUGAAGUGAAAGUUUUAUGCUUUUCAUUAAAUUGAGCAUGCCUACUUGGAAUUUAAUUGAUUGUUCUGAUGAUCUGAAAGUGAUUGGUGAAUUGUGUUUUUCUGUUAACUUCAGCCUGUUUUGUCUCCGAUGUGGUCAUGUUUUGUAACCCUGCUAGUGGGGGUUAAACGCUAGCACAUGUCGGCAUAUGUCGAUAUGUUAUUAGUGACCCUGCUAGUGGGGGUUAAACGCUAGCACAUGUCAGCACAUGUCGAUAUGUUAGUGAUAGAACCGGUUCGUUCAAGUGACCCUGCUAGUGGGGAUUAUACACUAGUAAAUCGUGUGUCUGUCAGUGGGAGGUUUAUAACACUGGCCGUGACCUAUAGAGUAGACGUUUAUUUCGAUUCCGUACUCGUACCUGUUUUCGUGAUUAUACUGGUUGGCAUGCUAUAAGAUUAAUUAAGGGCUAUCCAUAUUUUACUUACUGAGUUAUCUCACCUCGUUUUUUUCGUCCACCAUUUCAGGUAGUGUGCCCCGAGACUCGGAAAUCAAGGGGAGUGACGUGAUAAAAGGCUAGCCACUUGAGAUUUGACAUAGAUUUUAGAUACAUGUAUACCACGCUCUUGUAAGUUAGAUUUUAAUUGGAAAUUUUAUGGUAUCAAAACUGAUUUUGUUCAGUAAGUUCCGAGCCUUAUGCAUUUGUGGGACUCUCUCACGAGUGCACGGCGUUUGCCACGUCCUCAGAUUUGGGUUCUGGGGCGUGACAACUAUGGUCGAGCAAAUCCCAAGAUUUUGUACCUGACAUCAAACCAAACUUCAUAGACGAUCUCACCAUCAGCUUUAAAAUGUUUUUGGUGGAUCCUCCUGUUCCUUUCCCUCCAUGUGUGGUACACUGUUGCAUUCCAUGCU